AUGUCGAGUCGUACUCUACGGUCAAAUCGGGCAGGCAAACCGAGCCAUGGUGUUGGUGUGAAAGAUAGUGUGAAUUGUUGUGUUCAAGUGGUGGUCACGGAAGAUCCGGAGGAGUCUCACCCCGGGCGGACAUGCCAAGUGUGCCGAGGAGUUGACACGGAGGAAAUGGUGCAAUGCGACGACUGUCUGAAAUGGCAUCACUUCCAGUGUGUGGGAGUAACACAGCAGAUCGAGAAUUAUCCAUGGAGUUGUGCCAAAUGCGGAAAAGCGAAAGGUGUCCGGGAACCAAAUUCGACUGCUCAUCGAGGAAGCGGUAAUCCAUCAAUGCAGGUGGCUGAGGCAGAAUUGAAUCCGUUGUCUGCACUAUCACACCAGCAGUUCCCAACACAGCCGCAGACGAUCGCGGCAGCGCUGAAUUCGACAACGAAUCAGCCUAUUCAACCGAACGAUGAGAAUCAAACCCCGUUCGUGACUUCCUUGCGAUGGGUAGUUAAUACGAGCAGACAACCAUCUAGAAAUGCUUCAGUUUCAUCGGGGCGUUCCUCGCAGGCGCUCGCUAAGCUCAAACUGCAAAAAUUGGAGGAGCUGAGGAGUAUUGAGCGGCGUGAGGCAGAGCAGCAACGAGCAAUUAUAGCGGAUGAAGCGAAGAAAGAAAAGGCGUUUCUUGAGCAGAAGUACCAGUUACUGGAGCAAGCUAUGUCUGAAAGUGGUUCUUCUAUGGACGAUGCAGUUAGCAGAACAGAACAUUGGGUGGCGAGUACGAGCGGUCAUCGCAGUCAGUCAAGACAGCUAGGCACGGUGAACCAAUUUGAUUUAACUGAGCGGUUGAGUAAAGUACAGCUUGCCCGCCCGAAUAGUAUACGCAACGGCAGUAGCCGCUCAUCAUUACCUGAGCCAAAUCCACCGGAUCCAUUUCCAUUACCGGAAUCCUUGCGAACUUGUUCUGUAGAACCGCCUGCUUCAGACGGAAGAAUGCAGCAGUUGGAAUCUCAACCAAUUAGCUCCCACGAGGUCCCACGUCGAGUGUCGAUAGCGCAUAUUUCUCAUUCUGGAGCACGCGGUGUAUUACUGCCCGGUCAAUCACUGGAUGCACCACGUGUGUUACAAACAGCACAACGAGAUCAACCUCGAGAUUAUGUAUCGCAUUGCCCAGAACCAGAUGCGACUCGUCAGUUUCCUCGAAAUGUACCGACUCCGGGGUAUCAACAGUUCGUUCCACAUCCGAACCAAUCGCAAGUUUAUCUAUCGAACCCUCCUCUUUCAUCUACCAUGCGGGCUUCUCAUGUCUACGAUCAAGAAGAGGAUCCGUGUCCAAUUUCCCCACAACAGCAUUGUGCGGGUUUACCAGCGAGGAGAACAUCGUCCGCCUACAACGAAGCUUGA